AUGGUCCUUUGGCAUCCCCCUGAUGCCCCUUGGGUGAAGCUGGACACUAAUGGAGCAUUCUCUAUAUUGACAUUGGAGGCGGGGGAGGGAAGAUUGGUUCGUGGUUCUGAUGGAGGUCUCCUGGGGGCCUUCUGCUCUCCGGUUGGUGCAUCUUCGAGCUUUGAGGCGGAGCUUAUGGCUCUUAUUCGAGGCUUGGAGAUGGCUAUGGAGUUUUCUACACACAUUUGGAUAGAGCUGGACUCAGCGGCUCUGGUUACCUUGUUGUCAUCUAGACAGCUUGGCUCUGCAGAUCUUAGACAACAUAUGGCUUUGAUCCUGAGUUUGACUUCUCAGCGACAUGUUCGAUUCUCACACAUCUACAGAGAAGGAAACCGUGAUGCCAACUUUCUUGCAGGUAGGGGGUCCAGACCCUGCCCUGACGUACUAUGA